GGCAGGUAUUUUUAUUGCCAUGGCAACACUGACAAUAUUACAAAGUGACACCUUCGAAGACAGCCAAUUGAGCUAUAGUGGGUACCUAGGACUUGUUGCAGAUGUAAUCGCUAUUAUCAUAGCUCCGUUUUACAUAAUUGAUGGUAUAACAACAACAAAACAACUAGACAAACCACGUGACAAACGUCAAAAGCGUUGGGACAGAACAGAGCCGCAACUACCACCUGUUCUAUCCAGUUUAGCACCGGAAACUACAUUCAUUUUGGAUCGUUGUCCGACCUAUCACUCGCAAAUAAUGGAAGUGUAUAAUGAACCUAGACCCUCUACAUCUAAACAGUCGAAAAAGCGUUCAUCUACACUUCUUAAUAUGAUCAAAAACAAGAACACAGCAACAAUAAAAGAAUCAGAAAAGAAAGAAGAAAAGGUAAUGGAACAAGAUUAUAAUAAAACGAAUGAAGAAGACAGUAGAGAAACUACAGAUAAAAUGCUAUUAUCUUAUCCCGAAAUGAUUGCUUUGCAACCAUUAACAGAAAAAAAUGAUUUCGAAAAUAAACCAGAGGUGAUGGAUCAAGAAACGAAAGAAAUACGUGAUACGGACAUAGAUAUAUUUGGUAUUAAAGACGUUGCCCAUAAUGAGAUAUUAGACAAGAACCAGGAUGAAAAACAAGAAUUUUCAAAUGAAAAGCACAAGACUGCAGAUGUAUACGAAUCAGAAUCAACGGGCUCCAAAAAGAAAAAGAAGAAGAAGAAGAAACAACACAAAGCAAAGAAACAUGUAAAAGAAGAAACAGUUGAUACGACAAAUACAGAACAAAUGGCGUUGUCAAAACUAACAACUCAUGAAAAGGAAAAACAACCUGAUUUUGAAAAAUCUAAGACUAUUGAUGCAACAAAGCCGAAGUUAGAAGAACUAGUAUACGACAAAAGUGCUGAAGAAGGGGCUAUAGGGGACGCACUAUUACUUUAUCCCGAAGUACCUGCUUUGCAACAGUCAGAAAACAAUAUUGUUCAUUUUGAAAAUAAGCAAAAAUAUAAACCUGAUACGAAUACAGGUAUUGUGGACACCGGGAUAUUGGACAAAAAACGCGAAAAACAAGAAGAUUCAAAAGAAGCACAUACGAAUGAAGACAUGGACGAGUCAACUGGCUCCAAAAAGAAAAAGAAGAAACAUCAUAAAAAAAAGAAAAAAGAAGAAACAACAGAUCAGACAAUUACAGAACAAACAUAUGAAAAAGAAGAAAGGACCGAUGUUGAAAACCCACGGGUUGUUGAACUUAUAAGCUCGAAGUUAGAAGAACAAGUAUACGACAAAAUUACUAAAGAACCCGACGUUAAUGAAAUAUCCCAUAGUGAAGAAAUGAGAAUAGAAGAUAAAAGCGAAAGAAAAAAUGACAAAAGUAAGAAAAAGAAAAAGAAAAAGAAAGAUGAACUACCACACUUCUUCGAAGACUUUGUAGUAAGGUAUAAAACAGAAGAAAUGCCAGAAUCAACCGAAUUAAGUUUUGACCACUUAUUGCAAGAGUCCGAAACUGCUACAACGACAGAAGAAACUAUAAAGAUUACAGAAAAGCCUAUACCUCAAAGUACAAUUAAUCAAAGAGUCCUUUCUGGCAAAUUUAGAAUGAACAAGAUAUAAUCAUAUUAUCGAAAUAAACUACGGAAACUCUGAAUAUUCAAGUGUAUUGGUUCAUCUCUUGUUAUCCGUAUGUAAAGUAUAAAGUAUAAACAAAACUAUAUUAAUAUGGCGUGUCUAGAAAUUGUCAUGUACAUUACUAACAUAAACAGUACUAAUUAUACGGCGCCAGAGUACCGCAUCUCAACAAUAAAUGUCUCGUCAGUGCAACAUAUAAACAAAGGUAUGACAAACGACAAUUAAUGUCUCGUCAGUGCAACAUAUAAACAAAGGUAUGACAAACGACAAUUAAUGUCUCGUCAGUGCAACAUAUAAACAAAGGUAUGACAAACGACAAUAAAUGUUUCGUCAGUGCAACAUAUAAACAAAGGUAUGACAAACGACAAUUAAUGUCUCGUCAGUGCAACAUAUAAACAAAGGUAUGACAAACGACAAUUAAUGUCUCGUCAGUGCAACAUAUAAACAAAGGUAUGACAAACGACAAUAAAUGUCUCGUCAGUGCAACAUAUAAACAAAGGUAUGACAAACACACUCUGAAAUAUAAAACAAAAAUGUAUUAAACUACUAAUGUUCUCUUUCAAAUGUCUACAGCUUUUUUUUCUGAAAUAUAACAGUUGUGACUCAAUACCAGUGUUUCUUGCCUACGUAGGUAAGGAUGCCAUGAUACCUUAUUAGGAAAACAUACAUGGAUAUUUUGGGGAAAUUAAUUUGUAAAUGAUCAAUUAAUCUAAGCAUUUUCAUAUAACGUCAGAAAUAGAAGUAACUUUUUUAAUUUUGGUUGGUUGCUAUGGUAAUAUGGAAUAAUUACUAAUUACAUAUACUAAAAAACUUGCUUUAAAAUAACAGAAAAGGUUCAUCCUCAAUGGUAACUGUGAUGCAUAAAUGCUUCAAAUGUAAGUUAAUUGUGUAUUACCUUGAAACUUGCACGGACUCAGCUUACCUGAUGAAUUGCAUAUUUGUAAAAUAAGUCAUGCAAUGACAAUAAAAUCUAUAAUCUAUCUGUUAAACAUAUGUUUGUAUGAAAACAUAACAUAUUGCUUGCAAUAAGGGUAUGCAUGGGUGUGAAUGUUGUAUUGCAUAUCAUAUAUAUACAAUUUAAAUAGUUUUGAAUAUAAUUUAAGUUAUACCUUUGAUGGUCUCACAGAUUUGUUUAUUUACUGGUAUGAUUAGCUCUUAAAAUGGGAUAACUUCUUCACUAGUAUUAUCAGCUUCUUAAAUGGGUUACAGCAGAUUCCAUUGAGUGUGUAGCCAAAGGUAAUAUCUUUGGUUAGCUUGCUUGUUAGCUGAACCGUGAAGUCAUUAUUAGGUCAGGUAUACUACCCUCCUUUCGAAGUAGCAUAGUCCAACAGACAGAUCGAUUGGUUUUCUGUCUGACUAGUCUAUUCUUAAAGUAGGGUAGUUUACCUAACCUAACAAUGACUUCACGGUUCAGCUAACAAGCAAGCUAACCAAAGAUAUUACCUUUGGCUACACACUAAAUGGAAUCUGCUGUAAUUUCUUUACUGGUAUGAUUAGCUCUUUUAAUAAUAGUUAACAUCAUAACAACCUGAACAAAUCCCUUGAUACUUGCAGAUUAAUCGGACCUCAUAUUCUUUCAAAAUAAUCCACAUUUCUUUUUGUUUGAAUAUGUAUUGCUGUUGUGGUUAAUAUAUCAUAAUUAUACGAAAUUAACCAUGAUCUUAUUAAACUUUUUUUUUGCAAAUUG